AUGCGCUACCAGCGACUCUACAUGAACUCAUUCAGUCCCAGGAACCAAUCCGCGAACCAUUCCUACCUACUCGCUUGCCACGGGCUCAUGCUUGCACAAAGCCAGGCAAAGCGCCGUUCCGCGCCUCAGCCGGAAGAGAAGCCUGCCAAACGUCCUGGCUACAUCCGUACUUUGGAACUGGCACUUGCGUGGUUAUUCCAACAAAACGCAGAAAACGAGGUUGCUCUGAACGAAAAGUUGGCAAAAGAAGGCGCCUCUUCACUGCUACUAAGCCGGGAUUCGAAAGAGUCCAAUAAGCUUCACAGGCGAUGGCGCAAAGCAAAGUUCUACACGAAUGUGGAUAAACAGCUAUCUGGUGGAGAAACUUCGAGGCAUGAACAACCUGAUGAUCUCUCUCAUAGUAGUGAUGAAGGUUCCGACGCUGAAGAGGCUCCAGUCGCCAACGGUGGUCAUCGUAGGGAACGUAGUGAGCAUGCGCCAGCUGUUACCGUCUCUCCUGGUCUACAACAUCCGUCUACGGCGCCACAAGUACAUACAACACGCCCGUCAGCGUUGAUGCCAACGGAUAGCUACAAGCUUUUCGAAGUCUACUUCACCCACAUCCAAUCUUGGCUUCCAAUAUGUGAGAAGCAUGAUGUGUUGAAAUCUGCCUAUUCAUACCCGUUACAGGGCCUCCUCGCAAUAUCCGAACAACCGGAUUCUGGCUCGUAUGCUGAGUUAUGGAGUAUCUUGGCAAUUGCCUCGCUAUAUGAUACGAGCACGAACUCCGAAAGCUCACUAAACACUCCUUCAGCAAUGGCAGUCAAGUCGUACGAGAAUGCAAAGUCUAUAAUACCCAGCGAAUUGGGUCAUUUUGAAGCUGGGCAUAUCACAGCACUUCUAAAUUUGGCAGUCUUCAAUAUGGCACAAUCACAAACCGGAGCCGCUUGGCUUCUCAUCGGUUGUGCUUCGAGAGCCUUGAAAAUAAUGGACCAGCCUUCACUCUUGACUAACCCUAGACACAAACAUAUACAUUACGGCUGUUUCCUGCUAGAGAACAUGAUUGCACUCCAGCUCGACCAAAGACCAUAUGUUCGAAAAGCCGAGCUCAACUAUCUCGGUGCCAUUGAUGAGAACGGUCUAGAGGAGUGGCAGCCAUGGUCAGGAUUCGGUGACCCGUCGCCUGAUGGAAGGAGGACGCCCCUACUAGCUCUCAGCACGUUCAACAGUAUCCUCGAACUUAUCGAUAUACUCUCCAGCAUCCAGAAGCCAGAUACUACAUCACAAAAAGAUACCGUCCGCGAACGUCUUGAGAGGUGGAAAGCGUUUCUGCCUACACAACUAGCAUGCGUGGAUAUCGAGUCACCAUUACCCUGUUUGACUCCACCACUGGCUCUGCUGCAGGCAACGUAUCAUGUUGCUUGCUUCGCUACGAAUCCUUCCGACCUGCGUCUCAAGAGGCUAUUUGAUAUCCUAGAGCAGUGCCGCCAACAGCUGGGGCCUCAACGCAUACCACCUCCCAUCAAGUGCUUGUUGGAAUACAUUCGCAGACAGGCUGCUUAUUCGGGUCUAAACGAUGCCAAUCGUACACGUUUGCAGAAGCUGCGAGAGAAGAUCAUGGCACAAUGGCCAAAACAACAGAUCCCGAACACUACGCAAACACACGAGAGUACAUUUAUACCCUUCAGGGACCAAAGAAAUGCUUUGAAAACAGCAAACCCAGAUCCACUGCAAUCGAUCUUCCCCGAUAACUCAUCUGUGGCUCAAUUACCCGCCGAUACCCACAACGUUUUCUUUACAGAUACGCACUCAACUAUCGAACCUCUUCUCAUAGCAGCUAGCACCUCACAAUCAGACACACUUUAUCCAGAACCCAUCCACGAUCUUGAGAGCUUCUUCGAUGAGCUGGCGUCGCUAGACAGAGUAACCAGACCGGACAACCAACCGCAAUUUAUGCAGAACCUUGGAUUCGGGCCUGAGGCUAGCAUGGCUGAUUUGUUCAGCGAAUACAUUCCCAUGCAGUCAUCUUCGUUUGCUACGAGCGAUGUUACACCGCCUGUUCAAUUCGACCAGUACGGGUUUUACAACGGGGGUUGA